AUGGCCGAUACAUGGAGCGGCGUCUGUCGCCAAUGUGUCGCCGUCAUCGCCGACAUUCCCACUCCAGUUCUCCUGACCACUGGACUCGCUACUGUGCUAGGACUGAUUGUCCUGUUUUAUACUUUCUUAUCCUUCGUCGCACCUGUACCCCGCGAGCCUCUCCCGGAAGAGAAAGAGUUCACGACACUGUUGGAAGAUGGAACCAUCGCAGAACCUCAGCCACUCCCUUGCUGGUUCGACGGCGUGAAAGCCGCAAAGCGCGCCGGACAACCCGCCAAGCUUGAACCAGCAGAGCUGUUCAUGUCUGUAGUCGUCCCAGCCUACAACGAAGAAGACCGGCUUGCAGGCAUGCUGGAAGAAGCUGUCAAUUACCUUGAACAAAUGUACGGAACACUAGGAAGGGAGAGUGAAAGCGCUAUUGAGACUCGAUCCACACGGAAGCGCAAGCCCAACGGAAACGCGACAAAUGGUCACGCCACAGUGUCGGCAACGACUCGAGGAUGGGAAAUUAUCAUUGUUUCGGACGGGUCUACGGAUCGGACGGAAGAGGUGGCUUUUCGCUUUGCGAAAGAGCAUCAGCUAUCUUUGCACCCAAAGGGUCACGCGGGGCCCUGGACUCCUCAAGCGUCCGAGGGUGUGCAUAUCCCGUCUGGCACUAUCCGAUUCGUGACUCUGACUCACAACCGCGGUAAAGGUGGCGCGGUCACGCAUGGUCUGCGCCAUGUUCGGGGUCAGUAUGUUGUGUUUGCGGAUGCUGAUGGAGCGAGCAAGUUUACCGAUCUUGGCAAGCUUGUUAACGCGUGUCAAGAGAUCGAGGAUGCCGAUGGACGGGGGUGGCUGUGGGAUCUCGGGCGCACAUGGUUGGCAGCGAGGCUGUGGUCAAGGACUGCCACGAUCAAGGACACGCAGUGUGGUUUCAAGCUGUUCUCCCGCGCGGCAUUGCCUUUUAUCGUCCCAUACAUGCAUUCCGAGGGCUGGAUCUUCGAUGUCGAGAUGCUUAUGUUGGCUGAAUUUGCCAGUAUUCCCGUGGCCGAAGUGCCCGUGGGAUGGAGGGAGGUCUUGGGAAGUAAAUUGAAUGUCCUACGUGAUAGCAUCGGCAUGGCCUGGGGAUUGGCUGUCUUGCGGGCGGCUUGGUCGCUGGGGAUAUAUAGACAGCAGUGA